GCAAGGAGCUGAGAAGCCGUGACCCAUGAGGCCACUAACAGGGUUUCUGAAAGUUUAAAAAUAGUUAAAUAGUUGGAAAGUGAUUUGGACGUCUCAUUCACGAUAACUUCGGAAUAUGGCUUCAAAAGUUACACUAUCCCAGGCUUUGGGUACAGAUGGAAGUGAUUUUAAUCAUAGACAAAAAAUUGCUAGUCACUAUCAACUCAGCGCAACAAACAAAUCAAGACUGAAAUAUUGCAUAUUUUUUCACUAUCUUCUUUUCUUCAUUAUGCUUGCCAAGUUAUCAGCUGACAUUUUAGAUCAUCUGGAUAUAUUUAUUUUAGAGAUUGAGGAGUUGCAAGUACCCCAGCCUCUUUGGUGGGAAUAUAUAUGGUGCAUAAGCUUAAUGUUAAGUUUCCUUGCAUUAUCUGCUAUUAAAAGAAACAGAGUUAAAACCCUGCAACAAUAUAUGAUAGGCAUCAUUUUAUUAGGAUACGGUCCACUUUUGUAUGCAGUUGUGUAUUAUUUUAAGGAUGUUUGGAAAUAUCUUACUGUUGGCAAAUCAGAAGAAAUUCAUUUCUGGCAGGAUUUACCAUAUGGUUUAUUGUGGUAUGCGUUUAUACUAUUGGCCUCUCAGGUUCAUACAUUUUCUUUAUUUUUUUCUUGGAACCUUUUAGUAGCCUGGAAAACACGGGGAACAAAGAAAGCUGACUAAUUGAACAGAACAUUUAUAGAAAUUCAAGCAUAUCUGUGAAUAUUGUUGAUGAUAUAUAUUUUUAUUUAUAAUAAA